AUGUCAAAAAACGAAAAAUCGCCACUAAUAAACGUCGUUGAUGACACUUGUUUCACAUAUUCUUGUGGAGUCGACUGUACUACUAACCAUUCUAAUAAUGUAUCAAAAGAUUCUACAUUAGAAGCCGGAUUAAAAACUCUUUUAGAUAGAGAAACGGAAUUAAAAUUACAAAUUGAUGAAUUAAUAGAAGAAAUUACGAAUUUAGAAGCCAUUGCAAGAAAUAGAAGUAAAAGCAAUGGUGGUAAUGAAGAAGAAAAUAAAGAAACUAAACGGAAUGGAAUUAAAAAAGAAGUUGUUGAAGAGGUUUGUUGGGAAGAAUUUGAAGCUCCAGAAUGGUGUGUGCCUAUAAAAGCCGAUGUAUUAACAUUUGAAUGGGAUGAACUCGCUAAAGAAUGUCAAUUUGAUCAACAAAUGAAUGACAGAUUAAAGGUGGCUAUAGCUUAUCAACAAUUACCGGAUGUUUGUAUCGAGGAAUUGCCGAUUCCUCAAUUACAGAAAAAUGGAUUCUUAUUUAUCUGGGUCAUUAAUAAUAAAUAUUCUAAAGCCUUUGACAUGAUGAAAAAAUGGGGUUACACGUACUGUGAUGAUAUCACAUGGGUAAAGCAAACGGUGAAUAGAAGAAUGGCUAAAGGUCAUGGAUUUUAUCUGCAACACGCGAAAGAGACAUGUUUAAUGGGAAGAAAGGGAGAAGACCCUCCAGAAUGUAAUCAUUCGAUUUCUUCAGAUGUGAUAUUUUCAGAAAGACGAGGACAAAGCCAAAAGCCUGAGGAAUUAUAUGAGAUGAUUGAAGAGUUGGUUCCUAAUGGAAAUUAUUUGGAGAUAUUUGGACGUAAAAAUAAUUUGAGAGAUUAUUGGGUGACAAUAGGAAAUGAAUUGUGA